AAUGAGCUAUACAGGCCAUGCUGAAUAGUAUAGCCAACGAGUUGAAAUGUUUUCCCUAGAACAUCAAGAAGCAUAGUUCUUUGUAGAUUCUGCCACCAUUGGCCAUAGGUCUAUUCUAUAAUUCAUUCAAUUUUUAGGGAAGUCGCAGGACUUCCAGGGAAAAAAAGAUGCUUGUCUCAAAGUGUAUGUGCGUGAUCCAUUGAAUCUGGAACAGUUUGUCAAUCAGUCAAUCAGUCCAUCCAUCCAUCCACUCAUCUAUCCAUCAGUUACUCACUUAUUGUCUUUCACAACUUUGACACUUUUGAGGAGUACAUAGCAUUUAUCUUGUAGACUGUUCUGUUCAUUUUCUUUAUGGUAUAUUUUGAUGAGAAGAAAUUUUUAUUUCUAUUAAGUGUAAUUCAUUGGGAGUUUAUGGGGUUAGUGCAAGUGUAAUUCAUUGGGAGUUUUUGGGGUUAGUCCAUUUUGUGUCCUACAUUAGAGAAUUCUGCCUACUCUAAACUCAGGAAAAGAUUCUGGAUUUUUGUGUCUAGAGUGUCAGGGUAGUCACCUUUAUACUUAGGUCUAUCUAUCACGCAUUUUCAAUUAAUUUUUUAUGUGGAGUGAGACAGAGAUUGAGAUUCAUCUUUAUUUAUCAUAUCCAGUUCUUUCAGCACCAUUUCUUUUUUGUUAAUCAAUGAGAGCUUGUUAUGUUGCUCAGGUUGGCCUUGAACUCAUAGCUUCGCCUCCUCAAGUGCCGGGACAACUGGCCGGAGCCACUGUGGCUCCCUUCAGCACCAUUUCUUAAAGACGAAUAUUCUUUCCCCACUGAAUUGCCUUUGUAUCUUUAUCAAAAAUAAUUUGGCCACAUAUACAUGGGUCUUUUUCUGAAAUUUCCAUUUUGUUACACUGAUCUGUUCCUUAUGCCAGUACUACACUGUUUUGAGUAUAUAGCUUUAUCAUUAGUUUUGAGAUCAGGUAGUGUAAAUCCUCCAAUUUUGUUAUUUUUCAGACUUGUUUUGUCUAAUGUAGAUCUUUUGGAUUUCUGUAAAAUUUUAGAAUACAAUUUCCUUCUUUAAAAAGCCUGUUGAGAUUUUAAUUAGGAUUGUAUGGAAUCAACAGAUCAAUUUUGGAGAAAAACAUUUUUAAAUUAUUGAGAUUUUAUAAACAUACGUCAUAACAUGAUAAAUCUUUCCAUUUAUUUAGGUCUUCUUUAAUUUCUCUUAGCAAUGUUUCACAAGUCUUGCACAUGCCAAUUUUAGUCCUAAGUAAUUGAUAUUUUUAAUGCUAUUGUAAAUGAUAUUUUUAAAAUUUCAUUUUCUACCGUUUGUUGUUAGAACAUAGUACAAUUGAGUUUUGUAUGUUGACUUUGUGUACUACAAUAUUGUUAAAUCAAUUUCUAGUUUCAUUUUUUGUAGAUUACAUAGGAUUUUCUACAUACACAAUCAUGCUAUCUGUGAAUCAUGAUAGUCAUCUUUUUGUCAGCAUUAUACAAUUUUGGGUUUUUUGUUUUGUUUUGUUUUAUUUCUUUCUAUAUUGCACUCACAAGGACUUUCAGUAAAAUGCUGACUAGAAGUAUUAAAAGUGAACAUUCUUACCUUAUUCUGAUUUCAGUCUUCAAAUGAGGCAUGAUAUGAUAACUGCAAGCUUUUCUUUUUCUUUUUUUUUUUUUUCCUGAGGUGGAGUUUCACUCUUGUUGCCCAUGCUGGAGUGCAAUGGCACUGUCUCAGCUCACUGCAACAUCCACCUCCCAGGUCAAGCGAUUCUCCUGCCUCAGCCUCCUGAGUAGCUGGGAUUACAGGUGCCCACCACUAUGCCCAGCUAACUUUUUGUAUUUUUAGUAGAGACAGGGUUUUGCCAUAUUGGCCAGGCUGGUCUUGAACUCCUGACCUCAGGUGAUCCACCCACCUUGGCCUCCCAAAGUGUUGGGAUUACAGGCAUGAGCCACUGCACCAGGCCAACUGCAAGAUUUUCCUACACUUUUCUAAGAUGACUUUUAUCAAGCUGAGAACAUUCCAUUCUGUUCUUAAUUUGCUGUUUGUUAUUGUUGUUGUUGUUUUAACAUGAAUGGGUAGUGAACUUUGUGACAGAAACUAUAUGGCCUGGAAGACUAAAAUAUGUACACUCUGGCCCUUUAAGAAAAGGUUUCCAAUCCCCUCUAAAUAAGAAUGUAAAGGAUCCUUCAGCGCAUAGCAUGUAUAUCAGUUUGGGUCUAAUCAAGAGACAGAAGUUACACAGAGACUAUAAAACAGAAGGUGAUUAUAAAGGAGAAGGUUAAUAUGAAAAUCAUUAAACUAUGAUAAGAGGGAAGUAUAAGAUGUAAGGGAAUGCUUCAUGACACCAUAGGGCUGAAGGAGAGCACCUAAAGAAGGAUGAACUUGGAACUGGGGAUCCCAUCCACAAGGCUAGCAUGCAGACCUUGUUAGAGCAAGUAUAGUUGCAGCCCAGUGGUUGGCAGAGAAGUUUGCUGGAUUGCACAGGCCAGAGCUGGUCUGCAGUUACUGAGCGAGUAGGAAGCAGCUCUCUCCUGGAGUGCAGGUGGGUUUGAGUAAGCCACAACCAGUGGUCAUCCACAUAGGUGUGCAGAGAAAAUGGGAGUGCUCAUGUGAAUAGGAGCCUUGUAGCUGUGGUGUUUGUGAUAGAAGAGCUGCAGCACCAGAAGGUUACAGCAGGCAAACCUGGGGGAAGUGGGCAUGCAGAAGCAGAGGGAUUUGGAGCAUCAGUGCAGGCGGGAGGGCUGUGGCAUGCAGGGUCCAUGCUGCAAAAGCUGCAGAAAGAUGACCUCCAGGCCAGGCUGGAGCUGGGAGAUCAUGAAGGGACCAUGUGUGCCAGGCAUGUGGCCAAGGCAGAGCACUACCAGACAUUCUCCCACCCGUGUCAUCCACCAGUGUUGCAGUCACUGGAAACCGCAAGGGGGCCCCUUCCUGCUCCAGUGCCACUCCAGCAUCCUCUGCUGAGGAAGUUUAACAUCAUCCUUACUAUAAUAUUCAAAGAAAUUCUGUCCAUUGUUGCUGAGCAGGUAUUAAAGAUACAUUUGGAACUGGGAGACAAUUAAUUAAUUGAUAAAUGAUGUGGUAUGGUUGAAGAAUGAGGUUUCCUAAGAAAUCAAUAUUCUUUUAGAAGAUUCUGGAAUGAAAGCGAAAAGCAGAUUCGUUUUUUAAUAGAUGAUGAACCUGAUUCCUAUGUUAAAUUUAACUUUGUUCAAAGUUAAAUAAAUUUCAAGUGAACCUUUGUAGACUUUUUGUCAAAAUAAACCCAUAUAAAGAGUAUUAAAUUGUAUCAAGAAUGAAAACACAUGAGACCACCAAAAAGAGAGUAGUCAUUAUAUACAUAGUGGAAUUAUGCAUUUUUUGGCUUUCAAAUAUUUGCAAGUCUCUAGAAUAAGUAUUAUUGGAACUCAAAAAAAAAGGUGAGCAGACUAAAGAAAAUAUUUUCAUAAUAUAAACCAGGAAAAAGCCUCUGUCGGUAUGGUGCAAAAAGCUCAUGAAAACUGAAAGAGAAAACAUCAAAACUUUAAUGUAAAUGGGCAAAGGACAUGAGUAGGUGAUUCACAAAGAGGACACACAAGUAAUAAAUAUACAUAAGAAAACUGUCAACUUUACUACCUCUUGUUGAGAUGCAAAUUAAAGCUGUAAUGGGAUACUGUUUAUGCAUUAAAUUUGGAAAAAUAAAAUAGAAUCCUGGUAAAAAUAAAAUAUGGUAGAACUGAUAAAUGGUUGAUGGCAAUACAAAUUGUUUAAACUUCUCUUGAAUUCAGAUAUUCAUAUCCCUAGGGUAAUCCUACUGCUGAGACUAUAACCGAAGGAAAUAAUUACCAAAAAUAGAAGUUUUGAUGCAUGUGUUUACUGUAGUCAUUUUUAAAAAUGAAAAAGUGGGAACUAAUUUAAAUGUACAUUAAAAAGGUCAACAUUGGCAUAGAUCACCCUGUUAAUUAUGUAAUUCAUUUCACCAGGAUCAUGGCCAGUGACAGAUGAUUUGACCAUGACCAAAAAUCACUGGAAACUAAUGCAGCACAAUAGGCUAUUUCUCAAGCUAUAAAGCCUAAUUAAAAGCAGAACAACAAAAUUAUAUAUUCACAUCACUGUUAAUAUCCCUAUGAACAAGAAUGUGUGUAUAUGAAUGAAAACUAGAAAGUUAUACAAUUUAUUUAUUAGAUUGACUUUCUCAUUUUUACUUUUGACAGGACCUUGCUCUGUCACCCAGGCUGUGUCAUGAUCAUGGCUCACUGCAGCCUUGACUUUCUGGGCUCAAGCAAUCUUCCCCUCUUAGCCUCCCAAGUAUCUGGGAAUACAAGUGCACCACCAUGCCUACAUAAUUUUUUUUUAAUUCUUUUUUUGUAGAGAAGUAUUUCCCUAUGUUGCCCAGGCUGGUCGCAAACUCCCAGACUCAAGUAAUCCUCCUGCCUCGGUUUCCCAAAGUGCUGAGAUUACAGGCGUGAGUGACCAUACCCAGUUGAUUUUUAAAGUUAUAUUAUUACUAAUAUAGUGGUGCUUGUAAAUUUGUUUAAUUAUGGCAACUAAAAUGAAAAUAAUCCAGGUGCAUUGACAGAGAGGAGCUGAGCAAGUCUCACCUCUCUUCUACAUGAUGUAUUUCUAUUAAGUCAGCCUUAUUUCUCAUUAGCUUUUUGCCAAUUUUUGUGGAGACACAUCACCCUGAGGCUUCACAUCCUACCAAGCAGGGUCGGGUAAGCCACAUCUCUUCUUCCUGGACUUGGGAGGACUGACUUUUUGGAUACUGAUACAGAACUUCACAUUUGUUCCUGUUACAUCUUUUCUUGACCUGUAUAUUUAGUGCAUCAUUGAAGGCUCUCAAGAUUUUUUUGGAUUCUGAUUUACACUCCUUACUGACCAUAUAUUCUGAGUGCAUGUUAGCUAUACAUUCUAUAAAUCUGUAUUCAUAUUAAAAUAUGCAGGACACUCCACAUGUUCACUCAAGGCUGUGAUAAUGAUGUUGACCUGAGCAGUACUGAGUCCCAGAGCAUGUCAUAUCUAUUAGCAAGCACUUUGAUGCCAUUCACAUCACAAUACACACAAAAAAAAAAGAAAAAAAAAGAAAGCCUUGCAUCCAGCACACUUGGGCCAUCUUAGCAAUUAGUAAAGGUGAUUGUCCUUCUUUUGUGAGUGAAAAUGAAGGCUUUAGGCCUAAACAAAAGCUCAAGUGAUUUCCCUGGGCCAAGACCAGGCUCAAUUGUAACAGGGGCCAAGCUCGCCCUCAGUAUUUAAGGUCUCAUCUGUGCCCUUUCCCCCUGAUAUCACCCACCUCCUACUAUGGCACCCAUCCCAUGGCAUGCUCACUGGCCUGUAGGAUCCUCAAAUGUGCUCCUCAAUCUUUCCUAUCAGAAUUUUUAUUUGAUUCUUUAGCCACACUCUAUCUCCUGUAGCUAUUUGCAUUUUGAAAGCGAUCGAAGUUUGAAAACAGAGAGAUGACAUUCCAGUGGUAGGACUUCAGGCAUUGAUGGUCAGAUAGUAGAAAUUUGGAGAGUGGGAAAGCUGGCACUGGGGUCUUAUGGGCAGCCCCUACCUAGCCACUGUUUGCAAAGCUGACCUGAAAGAGACAGGGAGUCCCAGGGGACAAGCUAGAUUAAAUCCUAUGGUCCACUGUCCUCUUCAGGCUCUUAAUGGUUUUUGGUUAGAAUUUUUAACUCUUCACAUCUUGUUCAUUAAUUGAAUUCAAUUUUCCUUCUAUUCUUCCAACUGCCAGGUAGGUGAGAGAAUAGAUGUCAUCAUCUUCAUUGCCUGUGGGGAACCCAACUGUGUGAAAUUUGCAAUGCAAAUUCCACAAUAUGGAUGGUUUUGAGCCCAGACACAGGGAUGCCUGAAAGAGGGAAGUUGAGAUAACGUUGAGUCAGGGACAGACAAAGGAGAAUCUGGUUAAAAGAUAAUCAGAUGAUUGAAACCAGAAACACCUGCAGUCAUGAGGAACAAUGUCUGGAUAAGUUUUGUGAUCACAAGGAAUUUCCAUUACCUUUUAUGACCAUUGAUCAUGUAUCUGUCAUCUUUAUUGUGUAGGGCAUGUGAUGUAUAGAUCUGCUUUUCCCCUUGCAAUGACGUAAGCAUUUUUCCCCUGGAAAAAUGUAUAUAAUCCUAGCCUUUGAGAAUUAAAGUUGCUGUUGGAGCACUGUCUCUCUCAGCCCUCCUGACCCUGCUGUCCUGUCUACUUUUCUUCCUGUGCACCCCCCACUCAGGUUAGAAACCUCUUGCUGGUUGAGAGUGCCCGCCAGACGUUGUGGCCCGUACAGGGAGCCUGAGAUAGGGGAUUUCUGUGACACUUAAGUGAGUGGCGAUCACACAAUCAUCUUGGUAGCUAAAUGUGACAAACCAAGAAGAUGGCCAAGAUCAACACCCAAUACUCCCACCCCUCCCGGACCAACCUCAGGGUAAAGACCUCAGACCAAGAUCUCAAUCGUGCUGAAAAUGGCCUCCCCAGAGCCCACUUGCCAUGUGAGGAGACAUCUUCUGUGCUGCAGCCAGGGAUCACUAUGGAAACCAGAGGACUGGCUGACUCAGGGCAAGGCUCCUUCACCAACCAGGGGCUCACCAGGUUGUCGCGCCUCAUCUUUUCGCUGCACAGGUGGGCCGCCAGGCACGUGCCCCACCAGGAACAGGGACUGGCCUCUUUUCCGGAUCGUUUUCAUGGAGCUGAGCUUAAGGAGGUGUCUAGCCAAGAAAGCAAUGCCCAGGCAACUGUGGACGUCCAGGAGGCAGAAGACAGAGGGAGAAGGGCCUGGCCCCUGGCCAAACACAACACUAACACCAGCAACAACAAGGAGGAGGAGAAGAAGAAGGAGAAGAAGGACGGUUUCGUGAUGGACCCCUCCAGCAACCUGUACUACCGCUGGCUGACCGCCAUUGCCCUGCCUGUCUUCUAUAACUGGUGUCUGCUUAUUUGCAGGGCCUGUUUUGAUGAGCUGCAGUCUGAAUACCUGAUGCUGUGGCUGGUCCUGGACUACUCGGCAGAUGUCCUGUAUGUCUUGGAUAUGUUCGUGCGAGCUCGGACAGGUUUUCUCGAGCAAGGCUUAAUGGUCAGUGAUACUGACAGGCUGUGGCAGCAUUACAAGGCGACCAUGCAAUUCAAGCUGGAUGUGUUGUCCCUGGUCCCCACCGACUUGGCUUACUUACAGGUGGGCAUGAACUUCCCAGAACUAAGGUUCAACCGCCUACUGAAGUUUGCCCGGCUCUUCGAAUUCUUUGACCGCACAGAGACAAGGACCAACUAUCCCAAUAUAUUCAGGAUUGGGAACUUGGUCUUGUACAUUCUCAUCAUUAUCCAUUGGAAUGCCUGCAUCUACUUUGCCAUUUCCAAGUUCAUUGGUUUUGGGACAGACUCCUGGGUCUACCCAAACAUCUCAAUCCCAGAGCAUGGGCGCCUCUCUAGGAAGUACAUUUACAGUCUCUACUGGUCCACCUUGACCCUCACCACCAUUGGUGAGACCCCACCCCCUGUCAAAGACGCGGAGUAUCUCUUUGUGGUCAUAGACUUCUUGGUGGGUGUUCUGAUUUUUGCCACCAUUGUGGGCAAUGUGGGUUCCAUGAUCUCGAAUAUGAACGCCUCACGGGCAGAGUUCCAGGCCAAGAUUGACUCCAUCAAGCAGUACAUGCAGUUCCGCAAGGUGACGAAGGACUUGGAGACACGGGUUAUCCGUUGGUUUGACUACCUGUGGGCCAACAAGAAGACAGUGGAUGAGAAGGAGGUGCUCAAGAGCCUCCCAGACAAGCUGAAGGCUGAGAUCGCCAUCAAUGUGCACCUGGACACACUGAAGAAAGUCCGCAUCUUCCAGGACUGCGAGGCGGGGCUGCUGGUGGAGCUGGUGCUAAAGCUGCGGCCCACCGUGUUCAGCCCUGGGGAUUAUAUCUGCAAGAAGGGGGACAUUGGGAAGGAGAUGUACAUCAUCAACGAGGGCAAGUUGGCUGUGGUGGCCGACGACGGGGUCACCCAGUUCGUGGUCCUCAGCGACGGCAGCUACUUCGGGGAGAUCAGCAUCCUGAACAUCAAGGGGAGCAAGUCAGGGAACCGCAGGACGGCCAACAUCCGCAGCAUCGGCUACUCUGACCUGUUCUGCCUCUCAAAGGACGAUCUCAUGGAGGCCCUCACCGAGUACCCUGAAGCCAAGAAGGCCCUGGAGGAGAAAGGACGGCAGAUCCUGAUGAAGGAUAACCUGAUUGAUGAGGAGCUGGCCAGGGCAGGGGCAGACCCCAAGGACCUUGAGGAGAAGGUGGAGCAGCUGGGGACCUCCCUGGACAUCCUGCAGACUAGGUUUGCACGGCUCCUGGCUGAGUACAACGCCACCCAGAUGAAGAUGAAGCAGCGUCUCAGCCAACUGGAGAGCCAGAUGAAGGGUGGUGGGGACAGCCCCCUGGCUAAUGGGGAAGUUCCUGGGGAUACUACAAAAACAGAGGACAAACAACAGUGAAAAUGCAGCGUCUGUCUCCUGCUUCACGGGAUCAGCUGGCAGGGUGAUGCUGUGUGGCUGCAGCUGCAUGGCAUGGAACUUGGUCAGAGUUUAAUUCCAGUUCUACUCACUGUUUGAAAGCUGUGUGACUGCCCGAGAGAGCCUCAAUUUCUUCACCUAGAAAAUGGGACUCUGUCUCAGUCCCAGUGAAGUGCCAGGUUUGAUCGUGAGGUUCACAUGAAACACUGCAGUAGGCAGGGCUUUGCAAAGUGGGAGGUAUCCCCAAUCCAAAUAUAUGAAAGUAUGCACUCAGGACUCUCAGUACUUUUUUAUGGAAUCCAUAAGGUGUUUUUAGGAUUUUUGAUCUUAUAAAUGAAAGAUUAUUUAGUCACCUUUCUACUCCCCAACUUCACUCCACCACCACCUGAUAAUGAGUAUAUAACAGGAAGCUGAAGGUACAACGUAGUGACUCAAAUUCAAACUUACACAAGAAUCAUAUUUUCUGAAUCUGGGAUCACCUCAUGUGUUCUUUGGGAUCCUAGGAACCCCGGCCUUUGGGAGUGCUAUGGCAAAUAGAAGUUCUGUAACAUGGAAAGAGGCUGCCCCAUAUGAGGUCACUUCCAAUCUAUGAAGCAAAUUCAGACUCCUUGCCGUCCAGCCACUGUGAAAACAGAAUCUGUUUCACAGAAAAGAGCAUCUCAGUUAGAAGAGACAUCCCUCCUUCUCACUUGCCAAAGAGAUUCAAAGACAACCCCUAUCCUCCAUCCUUGAGUCCGGACCCUGGGUGACCUAUUCUAAGUCAAGGAGGAGAGCUAUAUGCAGGGAGAGCCUUUUAGGUUGAAGGCUGGAAUGGUGUCCCAAGCCAAAAACGCUGACAACUAAGACUUUUAGAAGAUGAGACUAUUUGGCAUGUAUCUCCGCAAACUGCCCCUUUACCCACGAAGAGGAAGCCUCAAGAUCCCUUGGAAUUGCAUCCCAAGGCAAAGCUUUUAGCUCUCCAAAAGCUUGCAGAUUGCAGAAAUCAGCUCUUAAAAAAAACAAACCCCAGUAAAUAUAACUUCAUUAACAUUUUAUAACAGAUUUAUAUUUUUGAGAUCUGUGAUUGCAAAUUAUGACCACAAUAUUCCAUCCUUCACUUAUGUAACAUGUUGCAAAUUACCCAAAGAUAAGGCUUUCUUCUUUCUCUUUCUUUCCUUCUUUUUUUCUUCCUUCUUUCUUCCUCUUUCUCUCUCCUCUUUUCCUCCUCAAAAUGUAUAUAUUUUAAAAGCCUUAACUAUUAGUUAUGCCUGCAUUCAUAUUGGCACAGGAAAAAUAAAGACCUGGAUUUAAAAAUA